CUUAAGAAGACAUGGGAAAAACAUGGUCAUUUCUCUAUGUAAAUGAGUAUGGGAUCCACUCUUAUAAGUCUAAUGUAUGUACUGUGAGGUCAAAAAGUUCCCGGACUAGGUUGAUAUCUCAAAAAGUUGAUAUCUUCUUUUUCCAUGAAACUUUGCAUAUUAACAAUAGUUGUCGGUCUGCAUUAUUUAAUUCAUUGAUUUGUUCUUACUAAAGUGUUAACUAAUAUAUUUGAAGAAUAUUCAUGUUUAAAACAUCGAUUAAAACUCAAAGCAUGAGGCACUUUGAAAAUCAUUAAUUUCAGUUUCAUAUUUUCUUGAAAAAGUUUAAAUCAUUUCAUAAUUUUAAGUCAAAUCAUUAUAAAAUUAUGAUCUUCUUGAAGUUUUAUUUUGUUAUGAUUUCAUUACAUACAUGUAUAACAUUUAGCUUGAUUUCUGCUUUUUUUUGUUUUCUCUUUAUCCCCAAGACCAAAGGCAGGCUAAGUUUAAAAUAUUAGAAAUUCCAUUAUAAAAACAGUUUUGUAAGUUAAAUUUUAAUCUCUGUAAAAAAAAUAAAAAUGAAACCAAGACCAAAAAUAAUGAAAAUUUGCUAAAAAAUACAUGUACAUGUAUAUAAAUUCUGUGGUGAAAACUGAAAAGUUUGAUACAGUACGGAAAUAAAGAAUGAAAGAAUGAGGAUGAAAAGUUGACUUAAAUAUGAGGAUCAUGAUGACCUGACACUGAACUUCCAAAUAUUACUCAUCACCACCACACAGUUACAACAUUGUCUUUUAAUGAUUACAAUGUAUUUGAAAUGUAAGACUGAAUGCUAAAUGUAAGUGUUCACACAAUUUUUGAGUGAUAAUAUCUAAACCCUUGAAACAAUUAAAAUUACAGGAGUUCAUGUUACAGGUAUUAAUUUUUUGGAAGAAUAAACAAAAUCCUUAUGGAAAUAAAAUCAUGAAGAGGAAAGAAAAUUCAAUAUUUUCCCUUUGAAUUGACACCCCCUUAUUUUGGUAUGAUCGGGAAGCUAAUUAUGUAAAGGUAAUGAUUUCAAUCUCAUCAUCUUAAUGUAGAAACAACUAUGCGCAAAAAAUAUUCUUUCAGUUGGAUGAACUAUAAAUGAGUCGUGUUGAAAUGAUGUUUUUUUAAUCACACCAGUCCUAUCUUCUGACAAAAGAACAGUGAUGAAAUAAGAGCUCAGAGAGAUUAUUAAUGAAUUAUGCAUGAAUGAUGUCUGACAUACCCAACCAUACAAGGAGUUUUUCACUGCAACUAUCUAAAGUGCUAGAUGACAUUGGUGUAAGUGAUGCCACAGUUAGAAAAAGGAGAGAAAUUAUGUUGGCAAAUGAAACUAUUAAAAUAAUACAGCAAAAAAUGCUAGGGAAGGAAGUAACAAUAUAUAGUUUUGGGAGCCAGACAGAAGGCACCACAGCAAUAGGGCUUAAUUCGGAUACAGACACCCUUGUUUCUGACAACCGUUUUAAUAUAAUACAAGAUCUUGCAGAGUGGCGUGUAGGAUAUAAAAAUGUAUUGAUGGUGCAUGACCCUAAUACACCACCAGGGUAUUGUCUUCUACAAGAGACAUAUGACAAUUAUCCUAGCCCAGUUGUUCAUAUACAAACUGGAAGAGACCUUUUAAGGAAUGACUGGUUUGUAGAUAGAAUGCCUGCGGGUACUGUAAGACAUGGACCAUCAUUGUCUACACGCGGUUUACAAGGAUUAAAUGAUGAUGACAUUGUGCAUGCAUAUUAUUGUAAAUCUUGGCCAAAGGAGGCAAGACAGUGGAUAAAUACAACAAGACCUGGAUAUUGGCCUCCUGAAGAAUUAAAGAGGCAAGCUAUGAAUGAUGGAUGUUUUGUUGUACCCGUUGGUUUGCAUGGUACUGAAAAUGAGGAUUUUCAAUGGAGAAUAUCGACAUCAUUAACAGAACGCAGACUUAUGUUCAGCUUAAACAUAGUUCAAAUCAGGUGUUAUGUUUUAAUGAAAAUGAUUCUAAAAUCUUACCAGACCCUUGUGUCUGAAGAUGCUUUAUCAAGUUUCAUUUGUAAAACAGUACUCCUUCAUUGCAUUGAAAGAGAAGGAGAAAAUCUCUGGCAAGAUGAUAACUUACUAAACUGUUUGAAUAUUUGCUUAAAAUUUCUGCAUGACUGUGUUUUGUUAGAGCAUUGCCCACACUUUAUUAUACGGGAAAACAACCUUAUGGCAAGACGUAUUCCACCAGACAUCAAACCACAAAUUCUUACCACAAUACAAUAUAUUUUAGAUAGUGAUGGUAAUGCUUUAAAUGAAAUACAAAUUGACCAGCUUGGUAUGAGAUUAAGUUUGAUACAGUUUGAAAAUGCUCACCACACUAAUAUAUCUGAAGUAGAUCUACCAGCGCCUACAAUGACCCAAUCAGUAUCAGAACACCUGCUUUAUAAUUUCAUGCUAGGUUUGAGUGCACGCAUUAAGGGAAUCAUCUCUACUUUGACAGAUUACAAAACUGAAACUGUUGUUCAAACUUUAUCACAAUAUAUUGACAAGCUUGUAAGCAAUUAUCCUGAAGGUGAUGACACUGCAAAGACAGCCUGUACUGUCCUAUCAUCCUUCUUAUACAUGUCACAUGGAUCAGUUCUUGCUUCUCGGUGUAUUUCUAGGAAUGAACCAAUUACAGAAAACAUUCUUCUUAUACUGGAACAAGGUUCAAUGACUGAUUUCUCAUGUAGCUUAAAACAAGCAUCAGUGUUUUACUGUAAAGGAGACAUCCCUCAGACUAAAAGCAUACUUGAUCAAACAGAUCAACAAUAUAGCAUUGAACAUUUGCAGUCCGUUUGUGGUUGUUACCAGAGUCCAGAUAGAGAAAGGCGAAAGCAUGAAUUUCAGGAAGUUUGUCAUGAAGGUGAUAUAAAACAUGUAUUAAAGCACACUGCUUUUUGUGUCAGGUUCCUGCCAUGUGAAGUAAACUGUGUCCCGGAGGAGCUAAAACAUGAGUAUUUUCGCACAGCAUCGGGCAUGCAUCAUUCCAGAGAGCAGCAUGACGAUUGGAUGGACUGGGCUGUAGUAGACUCUAUCCCCUAUUUUUAUUUCUUACAAUACAAAGUCUUUUCCCAUCAAGGUAACAGAGAAAGGAAAUUGAUGGCUGUUAACAAGCUUAGACAAGCCAUAGCCACUGAGCCAAACCUUGGACACAAAGAAACAGCCCUAAAUUUACUUGCACAAUGUUUGGAGCAGGAAUACGCAUUGGAUGAUGCUUUACAUUGCUACAAUGCCUCCAUUAACCAUCGUACAAAUCACAAUGCUGCAUAUUCUCUCAUAUCAAACAUCGCAUAUUAAGACUCUAGAAUAAAUUAUUAAUCUUACUUAGACUGUAAGUCUGGUUAACUCAUAGGUAGAAAAUAAAAAUUUGUAAGAACUAAAGAAAACAUAUAUUUAAUCAUAUGUACAGUAUCAACAUGAAAAGCAGCUUAUCAUAUGAUCUAAAACAAAUAAUUUUGAAAUGAUAUGACAGGAAGAAAAAUUAGUUGUUUUGAAUGAGCCACAUCCAAGUUUUAUUUUUCCCCCUUAAAGACAUCAAAUAAAAUGAGCAGGAAAUAAGUAUGUUUUCACUAUGAAUACAUGUAUCAAAUAUCGAAAGAGGUCGGUAAAUGAUUGAAUCAUAAGGUAAUAGGUAACAGUGAUUAUUGUAACCACAUUUUUAUUAUUUAUGAGAAUCUGUUACAGACUGGUCAGUUCAACAAGAAGAAAUCACUCAGAACUAGAUGUUACUUAACAUAAUUAUCCAGUGCAAUACAGGGCGUGUGAUUAUCAAGGGAGAUAACAAAAGUUACAUUUUGAGAUAAUAAGAAUUAAUCCAUCUCAUUGUGCUUGUUUGUAUAAUAGUUAAUGCUGUAAACCAUUUAAUUACAAUCAUCUAUG